GCGAUACGACGUGUCGUAAAACACGCUUAAUGGCUCACCCUGGAUGUGCACCAUCGUAAAGGACUGACCGAUUUUGACUUUAUUCCUGUUUUGCCUUUUUUCCAGCUGAAAUGUCUGUUUAGUAGUGCUGAGCUCUGGCCUGCGGGACUCACUGUGAAAAUGGAGGCCAUGGAGGAUGAAAGUUUGGACGUUAAGGACGACCACAAUCACAACUAUUAUGGGAGUGCCAACAGUAAAGUCCGCACGGUUCUUAGCUCCCAGCUGUCGGAUGUAACGACGGUCCCGCAGUCCGUUUGCCCCGCGGUGCCGGGGGGAGAGCCGGGUCCGCGGCCGGGGAGGCUGCGGUCCAGUAGUACGGGUGCUCCAAAGUUUCUGGACUCGGACACGGGCAGCGAGAGCAGCGAAGUGAGCGAGACCGACUGCACGGCUGUGCCAGCUAAUGUGGAGGGUAAAUUCACCCUGGAUUCCUCCUCCAAGUUCCUUCUGAACGCCAUGGCUGUAGAGGACUACAGGAAAAACCACUGGCCCAACCUGGAGAAGGCAAUAGACCGCCUGCUCAUCCAGAACUCCACGGAUCACAUCUCGGUGUCCUACGCGCAGAUAUACGGAUACAUCUACAAAUGCGUGUGCCAGCAGCACUCUGAGCUGCUCUACAGUGAUCUGACAGCCAAGAUAACUAACCACUUGUGGCAGGUUUCCUCACAGCUACUGGCCAGCCCACCCGAGAACCUGAUCGAGAACUUCAACACGGUUCUGACCCAGUACACGGCCGCCCUCCAGUGCAUAGUCCCCGUCUUUAUAUACUUGAACAAGUUCUACAUCGAGUCGAAGCUGAACAGGGACUUAAAGGAGGAUCUGAUGAGGCUGUUUGCAGACCAUGUGGCAGAGAAACAUUUGGAGACGCUGAUGCCUCUUCUCAUCAAAGCCCAUUCCAUGCCCUUUCAAGUGCAGCCGUCGACAAUGGCCAGCGUGGUCAAAGGCCUCUACAGCCUACGUCCUGAGUGGGCCCAGCUCGCCCCGGCCCUUUUUUCCGCCUUUAUUCCGCAAAUCAACCCCCCCGCCGUGGAGUCCCAGCUGCCAGAUUACGCCGCUCAUGACCAGAAGCUGCAGAUGGAGCUCUCCAUGAACGGCUUCCCACGAGGCGACCAGUCGCGCAAACGGGCCAGCGAGGACUCCUGAUGGCGGCGGCGGCGGCGGCGUGGAACUGUUACUGUGCCUCCUACUCGGUUCUCACAAGCCGUCUCCCCGCAGUAGCUCCAGAUAUUAACCACACGUCAGCUUCACCUCUUCUCCACUCAAGGCCACAAAACACUGUGAACAAUGAAGAGGCCGUCGGACAGAAGGCUGAAUCUGAAGCGCUCUCUCUGGGCAGCACACGGACUCCCCCCCCCCCCCCCCCCCCCCCCUCCCCCCCCCC